CAGAAAAGAAAGUAACUUAAAAAAAAAAAGCUCAACAAUCCCAAAGAUGAAGUUUAUGUGGCAGAUUUUUGCAAUAUUUUAUGGCGCAUAUGGCUAUCACCUCAUUCCCAGGAUUAAAGAAUGUGGAGUCACUUGUUCACAGGGAUUUCAUUGCAAACAUCAAUUUUCUAUGGAGGCUAUGAACAGUGUCUGCCGUCCCGCGCCUGGCUCCGUUUCUCCAGUCAAUCUUAAAAACAUGAAACUUGGGACUACAAUGAAGUGUGAAGAUCACAGGCAUUGCUCUCUCCACUUAAGCGUUAAGGCAAACCUGCAACUUAAUGAAAAUACUUCUGGUGUUCAAAUUUGUUAUAUCCUGAUGGUUACUCAAAAAACCAAGUGUGUGAAAGUGAAGAUUUCCAGGGGGCAAAAUGCCCAUCCUGAGGGAAAUAAGGUGAAAAUACAAUUUAAUUGCUUUGAAGUCAGUGUGGGACAACAUCUCUAUGUAACCAUGACAACAUUUCCAAAUUAUUGUGGAGUUAAACAGACUCAAGAAUAUUAUGUUGAAGACUGCAGAAACAAUGAUGUGGGGAAAAAUAUUCCAGAUUGUUUUGUGAGCAAAAUGGCUUAUAAUGUGGACAGAACCAGAAAAACCAUUUCAGUGAAUAUUUCAGAUGUCCAAAACACAGACUGUUAUGUCCGUUUAUGUCAUCAAAGAUUUGUAUGUGAAGAUGCGGGGCCUGUCACUUUGAUUCAGGGAAAGGACAUGAUGAAAUCCGCUUCUUUGCAAUACGCUCAACUGCUGCCUUGUCUGUGUAUUGAGGUGUGGCCGGCAAUUUUAGAUGCACGAAGAAUGCAGUUGUGCCCAUUCAAGAAUGAUACUAGGUCCCUGUGGGAUAAUAUUGUUUAUCAACCUGCCACACAAACACUGACUUGGGAAGCUGCCUGUCCUGUUCAUGUUACUGUCAGCCUUUGUCAACUGAUGAAGAUUAAUGAUAAAUGUGUUGAUCUAGAGGGCACUGUCAACAUUGCUACAGAGAAAGUGAAAUAUUCCCGAGUUGAUACACAUCCAAGCCUUUGCAUCAAGUUUGCAACUGAGCACAACAUCUGGGUUAAAUGUCCAUUCAGUCAUGGACAAUUUCAAGCUUGGAAAAUGCGACUUGCUAUAAUGGGACAACAAAUAGAAGUUUCUUUCACAUCACAUUUUGAAGCAGAAUUUUCAGUACUUGUAUGUAACAGGACCAACUUGCAUUCAUGCAACUCUACUGGAAGUCCCAAAGCCCUUUCAUUGGAUGGAUUAAGUUUACCAUCUGUCAACAUUUCAGGGAAACCAUGUGGCUCAAACGUCUGCAUUAAGGGAUGGAGGACAGAUGUGGACUAUUCUGUUUCUUCAUACGUCUGUGAUUUACCCUGCAACUCUUCUACUGGGACUCAAGAAUAUUAUGAAUAUUCCUUAAGCAUCCUCUCUCUCAUAGCAUUUCUUGCCAUAUUUCUAAUCAUGUUGGCUCUCCUUGGACACAAACUUUUGUCAGUUAAUUCUAGGAAGACUCAUGAAGAGAAAAGUGUAUUACACAUCAUAACACACAGGAUGAAAUAGCACCAUUUGUUUUAUGUAUGAAGAAAAGCAGUCAAUUUAGCAGAAUGUUGUCACUUCCUGCAUCUUAACAAAUAAUUGAAAGAUUUCUCUACGGUAAACAGUUACAUGUGUAAAUAAUCCUUGUGUGUGCAGAGGUCUUCCUUGACUUCAGUAAUGUAGGAAUAAAUUUUUGUGAGGCAAAUUCCUUACCCUGUGCCCUAUUGUCUCCCUUCCUGAAGUAAUUUGAUAACAAAACAUCUUUCUGUAGACAAUUUGACUUUCUCCUAAAUCAAUGAUGGUGCCUGCCCUUUAUAUUUGUGGAAUAUGCCCUGUAAUGUAAAAAAAUCACUGAUCUCUAUGGUUCUUUCAUGUUUUAUAUACUUUUCCCUUUGAGGAUCAUUCCAUUCAGAAUAUUACUUCCUAUCAAGAUAAAUAAAUAUCUCAGAAAAAUAUGUAAGGAAAAAUUAUGUAUAUAUAUUUUAAAUUAAUAGUCUUGUUUAUAAUAUUUUCCAGUUGUUUGUUUUAAAAAAUAAGUUUUUUAAAAGUACUGCUAUGGAUAGAAACCUAGCACUUAGACAUGAACUGGAUUUAUAUAACUGGCAGUGACACAAUGUUUUCAGUGUUUAAAGUUCUGGGCAUACUUUAGACAGAAUUGAGUUCUAUUGAAUUCUGUGGGACAUGUUUCUGAUUGUAGCUGUUAUGUACAGGUUCUGAAAGAGUUUGUUACUGAUUAGUGGGCUGCUCCUAUGAACUGUCCAUCAUCUGCUUCCUAGGAUCUAAACUAGCUUUGUCAGACCAUUUCAAUGUUCAGUGGCAUUACGGUAGCAUCUUUUGAGACUAACAAAUAUUCUUGACAAACAUUAACGUCUGUGACAACAGCUCACUUAAUCAGAUUACCUGAAGUUUAUGCCUCUUAACGUUUUGUUAGUAGGAAAAGGUGCUACCAAACUCCCAAUUUUUGACUACCAUAGAGCAAUGUUUCUCAACCUUUGAUGCAUGGAUUUCAACCCCCAAAAUUCCCCAAUAACAAUGCAGGCUGGGGAAUUCUGGGAGUUGAAGUUCAUGUACAUCUUAAAGUUGCUGACAUUGAGAAACACUGCCAUAGAUUAACAUGGAUCUUCUCUUACAAGAUCCACAAGAAUGCUCCAAUUCCUAUGUGUCCUCUUUUUCCUCCAGCAGUCCUCUUAAAAUCUUUUCACCCUAGUCUCCAUCAAAAUCUGAACUAGGGGAGGACAGUGGCUUAUUGAGUACCUUAAAAAGGUGGAGUUUGGUUAUAUGGUACCAUCUCCAGCUGAGCUACUGUGGCCUAAACUAAGCUUAUGAAUGGGCUAUGUGACCUAUUUAUAUGUGGUUUUUCUUUACAUCCAAAUUAAACCUUGGACUAGGAUUUGACUUUUAGGAUUUUAAAUUAUUGCAGUAAUAUGCAAAAAUGUGUUUAUCUUUCUAUUCAAACUGUAUUAUUGGUAUUGGCCACAAGGAGAUAUUUGGACCAUGUUCAAAUAACUUUGUAAAGUAUUUAAUAUUUAACAGAAAUCCAAAGGACGUGUGGAAACAUUAUUUUAUGUUCCCAAAUGGGUAGCUGUAUAAGUGUUUUGCAGCAAAAGAGACAGCAAGAACAUGUGUUCUUUCGUGUCAAUGUUUUAUAUAUUACUGUCAAUAUUUAUACUUGCAAAGGAAAAUAAUAAAAUACUCUGAACUCUACAAAUGUCAAAAGUUUGUCAUUUAUUUCUCCUACUGUCAUCUAUAUUCUUGCUAUACAGACUUCAUUACUCAGGAAAAAAGAGUAAAGUUAACAGGCAUGAAAAUUAUGCUGUCUAGACUCUAAACCAUGUGGGAUUACUUGAUUUACACAGACAAUGGUUUCUACAGUCCCCCAUCUUCCCAAAUGGGAGAAAUAGUGAAGACUAUAAAAAGUCUGGAGGUAGAGACGCUUUUUCCAUCUGUUGAUCAUUUUGUCUUUGGUUUUCAGAAGGCACAUUUCAUAGAAGUGAAAAUACAACCCAUAUUGAAACAGGGGAAAGUCUCUUCUGAGACAUUUGCCA